AGUUCCGUCGCGCUGUAAAAAGGUUUUUCGCCGCCGCGUCGAAAUCGGACGGCUCGUGCCCCGCGCGCAGUAGGCAUAUCCGCGGUUUCGUGCUGGUGUUUCGACGCCGCUUUUUCAGGCUGCGCGCAGCGAGUUCUCGCACUUCGGAAGCCGACGCCCGGGACAGCCAGGAGGUCCACGUUUCUCUCGAGAUGGAAGUGGACACGGAGGACGUCAGAAUGGACGAAACGGACUCGAUGCUAAAGACCGACGGUGAGAACGAUGGCAUCGUCAACGUUAGUAACAACAACGGUAACGUUAACGACGACGAUGAGGUGCCCACCGUCGAGGAGACGUACGAGAUCACCACCACCAGACGGAAGACUAUUCGCACCAGCUACAAGAUCCAAGAGACCUCCUCGUCGACCAAGACGACCACCAUGACGACAGCGGCCAAGCUGUACGGCAAGGACCUGAGCGAGUAUGACGACAUUGACGUGGACAAACUGCUGGCGGAGCUCACGCCCGAGGAACUCAACAUACUGGCCAAGGAAGUGGAUCCUGACGACAGUUUCAUGCCACCCUCGCAACGCUGCAGUUAUGAGUGCACCAAGAGCCCCACGGGGCCACUGAAUCGCAAGAAACUCAUCGAGCACAUCAACAAGCAGGCUCUAGAGACACCUGAUAUUCCAGAAUUGAAGCCGUACGUUCCUGGUGUGGUUAGAGGUAAAAAAUGGAUACCUCCACCGCAAGAGUCCGUGAAGGAGAAGGAGGCGGAGGAACAGAUCGCGAUAGACCUCGGCGAGGAGUACGAGCAGGCGCUUUCAGCUGCUACCCAGGAGGAAAUCAUUGAUCUUGCUGCUAUUCUUGGAUUCCAUUCCAUGAUGAAUCAGGAUCAGUAUCACGCGUCGCUGUUAAAUUCUGGACAACCGGUCGGCCUCGGCUGGGACGGAGUGACGAAGGCCAGCCAGCCGAAAGUUUACCCGAUGGAGCCGCCCAACGACACGGACGUCGACGCUACCAUCAAACAAGUGCGGAACGACGAUUCGACUCUGGUCGAGCUGAACUGGAACAAUAUUAAAAAUAUCUCAGACGAAAAAUUCCUCCAGUUAUUCGAGGGUUUGGAAAUGAACACGCAUCUGGAAUCCCUGAGUUUGACCAACGUCGGGCUGAACGACAAGACCGCGCAACGGCUGGCCGAUGCAUUGGAGAAGAACUCGACGCUUAAAGUCCUCAACGUGGAGACGAAUUUCAUAAGCCCACCUGUGAUAGUAAGGCUCAUCAGAUCGCUCCUCAAGACAAAAGCUAUCGAGGAAUUCCGAUGUUCGAAUCAGAGGUCACAAGUGCUGGGUAACAAGAUCGAGAUGGAGAUCACGCAGCUGGUGGAACAAAACCCGACGUUGCUACGGCUCGGGUUGCAUCUGGAAUUCAACGACGCCCGACAUCGCGUCGCUGCACACUUGCAACGCAAUAUCGAUAGGAUCCGCCGUGUGGAACCCAUGGAACGAGCUAAGCUUGUAGCGAUCGCUGGUGGUCCUGCUACCUUCACCGUUCUUCCCGUAGAUGACUUAAAAAACAGAGCGUAGCGCUGUUGCAGCGCAAUCGCCUGCGCCGCACGGGAAGAGCUUCCCGCAACUACACCAUCGGCUGGGCCAUGCAAUGAUAAUGAUGAUAAUGAUCGCCACGAUGAUGAUGGCAACGACGACAACGGAGAUAACAACGACGGCGGCGACGACGACGAUAACAUGCUGAUGAUCGCGCGCGCUUUUCUCUGCGCAAACGCUGUAAACGCGCGACAUGCAAAUAUACGCAUACACACAUACACACGUAAAAACGAGCAGUAUCCUUACAUGCUCAAAGUACACGAGAUCUUUCAGAUCUGUGAUCCCAAAAUCGAUUCGCGCUCUUUGAGAAACGGGAACGCGGAGGAGACGCACCCCGAUCGCGCAAGGGCAAGCCGAAAGCUUGGCAUGACAAAUAAUGUAUAUGAAACAAAAUGUCUCUCGUCUCUGUUGAUAAUAAAUACAUAUACAUACAUUUAUAGAAAUAUAUUCCUGCACUAGGAAGCUGCAUCGCGCAGGCGGUAGAGAUACUCUACAAACGAUCUCGCGGCGCGCUUUUAAGUCGGCGCGUUUUACGCGUAUGAUGUUAAUUGAUGUACAUCGCGACGCAUAUCGACCUAUCUAUCGCCGCAAUAUACUGUUGAGAACAGAUUCUCGUCGAAAGAGAUCGCGUGGAAGGAAUUACGAGGGAAGUCAGUCGGGUGGACAAUUUUCCUCAAGUGUAACACGCGCCGAUUCCCGUUCGUUGCUUUAACGGCUACCUAACUGGAAUAUUUAAAUAUUUAUAUUCUCUAUAAUUAAUUCGCGACCAAAUUUCCACCCGGGUGCACCGCUGAGCGAUCGGGUAGAAGCCGCACUCCGUGUUCUGCCUGUCCUCUCCUCGUCGGGAUUGUCGUUUCGCUCCCUUUUUUUCGCUCGUUACUGCCUGAUCGUUGUACAACGAUUCGUCGUCUUUCGAAGCUAAGCUUCAGAAUAAGCGAUUAACUCUGCCCAAUGUCUGGUUUUAAUGCGUCGCUGUGACUGAGGUAAGUAUCGGAAAAUCGUAAAUGUAAAACUUGCAAGAAAGAGUGGAGAAUUCCCCGAAAGUUAAGAUGACCGGAUGCGGAAUAAACGGACACGGGGAAUUAAAUUUUCUCAUUCGAGUGUGAUUAUUCCUCUCAUCAUCCUCGCAUCGCUUUGUUCUGUACGUCCAUAUGAUCGUCACUUAAGUGACAAUGCGUUUUAUUGCUGUAACUGUAUUUUAAUUAACAUCGUCCGAGCACACACAUGCAUACACGUGUCACGGCAACGCAUUGAAAUCCAUUAGCUGUCGACACACACCCACAAAGCUCAUGAAAAAUCUGUUCGUUAAAAACAAAACGAACGAGCGACACCGUCGACCCGAUCGUUCCGCUCGGCGUACGAUGUCACUGUAAUAUUCGCUAAGGUAUUAUAUAUAUAACUCGUUGUUUAAAUUAAUAUAAUUACUUUAGCAUAUAUUCUAUAUAUAUAUGUAUACAAACCUGUCUGUACAUAUUGUCUUCAAUGUCGUUUCUAAUCGAUCGAUAUGACCUACGUGUUAUAACGAGAGAGCGAAUGGAUUAUUAACGCGCUAGAGUGUAAUUGCAUAAUUGUCUUUGCGUGCUUGCGCGUGCGAAUGAGAGGGAGAGAAUGGGGCGGUAACGUGUGCGUGGGUGAAGAUAAUUACGCGAAAAGUCCUCCUUACUGGAGUGGAUCACGCCGAUUGUGUCAUCGUACGUACACGUCGUACGUCGUGCUCUUCACGGAGACAGUCGGACAGUCCGCGCGCGGUUCGGAAACACUUUCGCGCCGAGUAGAAUUGUAGAAUUGUAGAAUGACGAAAGGUGUUGCGGGGACAAGGAUUAAUUUGACGUACUAAAGCUGAUUUCUAAAUGUAAGUUUCUUUACAUUUGUCGACCCGCCGAGAUCCGUCGAGCCCAAGAAUCCCUGAAUUCUCCGACGGACUCGGGUCUUCAUGUAUUUUUCACGCUUCUUAACCGAUUGGCGUGCAAAGUUCUCUUUGACAAGCGUAGUGUUGUAGUGGAGAUGACGAGGCGAAAAAGAAAAAAUAUAAUGGAGCCGAUAACGAAAGAUAAUGUUGUAACCAUUUGUCUCGCUCGCGGCCUUCCGGAUGCAUUCUUCAUUGUAAACGUAUUCGCAUAUGCACUCUGUCACGCGCAUCACAUUAUGUACGCAUACACACGAAACUCAAAUGCACGCGCACGAUGAAAGCCUUGCUGCUAGCCUUAUCUUGUAACACGAGGUUUAAAUAAACUGCUGAAAGAAAAACAG